GUAGUGCGCAUGUUCGCUUGUGUUGAGGACGUGGAGGGGACUUGUUUUUUCCAUUGGAAGGGGAAGGAGUGUCGUUGGUGGGUGAUGUGAGUGUUCGGGGGCCUGGGCCUGGUGACGGGCCUGGGGCUCCCCUGGAAGUUGGGUAGUCGCUUAACGUCCGUCUGUCGUGUGGAAACUCUAUUUGUGGGUAAUGGACUGACUGAGAGAAAUCCACAGAAGGAAGUGAAGAAAUACUGCAGAUUGGAUGAGUGGUGCAUCAGCAAAGCGUUGUGUGAGCACCAAAUACAAAGAACUUUUUGAAAAGCUUCCAUUGAUUGACAGCAAGAAAGGAAUGAAUACCGAAUUUAACAAAAAGCCAUUUCAGUCGUGUACCUCACAAGCAUCAUAACCUCCUAUCAGAUGCAACAUUCAUUCAUCACUAUGGCUGAAGGUUCAAAUGAAGAUCAAGAUCCAAGAUCUGAGAUGGAUACAGAUCUGAGGUGUGCCUUUGAGGAACUUUUGGCAAAUGGCGACGAUUAUGGACUGUUCAGAUUGACGCGGUUCUACCGGGACAAGUUAGAAGAGGCAAUUGAAGAAGAGGUGGAAUCAAUCAGCUGGCAAUUAAAAGAGCAGAAGCUUUUCAGUGAACAAGAACAUGUGAAAGUGGUGGAGAAAGGGAACCAGGUCCACAGUUCCAAACUUCUUCUAACUCUCGUGAUGGAAAAAGGCUCAUCUGCCCGAAGGGUAAUGUGGGAAUCAUUUCUGAAAACAAACCUUAGAUUACCAAAGUUGGAGAAAGUGCUGAAAGAAAUACAAGAAUUACGUACUGAUCCUGAGGAUUACAUGAAAAUUAUCCAUGGCUUUACUGGGGCUCCCAGUGAACUAAAAGAUAUUCAACAAAAACACAAGGAAGCACUCCGGAAGGAAACAGAAGAACUGAAAAUGAACAUGAUUCAGGCCAAGGAGGCAGUGAAGAUUUUCCAGCUGGUUGAUCGAUACGCUAAGCUUACAGUCAUUUCAAGCAUUCGAGAUUGGAAACUUGUAGAGCAUGAACUGCUGGCAAGAGGUCAGGAGCACGAGGAGUGGCGAGAGAAGCAGCUCCAGACAGAUGUGGAUAUAAUACAGACAGAUAAAUUGUUCUGUAGCAGUUUUUGCCAGAGUGAACACAGAUCUGGGAGUUCAGCUGCUGUGAGUGGAGUUCCAGGGAUUGGUAAAACAACAAUGGUGCAAAAGAUUGUUCAUGACUGGGCCACUGACAAAAUAUAUCAUCAGUUCCAAUUUGUGUUCAGUUUUAAAUUCCGUGAGUUGAAUGAUAUUAAUUGUAGAGUAAACCUGCGUGAAUUGAUUCUGAUUCACUAUCCCUACUUUGGAACCUUGCUGAAGGAAGUCUGGAAAAAUCCUGAGCAAAUAUUAUUUAUAUUUGAUGGCUUGGAUGAAUACAAGUUCAAAAUUAAUUUUGCAGACAAUCGCAGAAACACAGAGCCUAAGCACAUGUGCACAGAUCCCGAGUGUUGGUGUGAAGUGUCCGACAUUGUGUAUGCUUUAAUACAACGCAAGCUGCUCCCAGGAUGUUCGGUGCUGCUGACCAGUCGCCCCACUGCGUUACAUUUAUUGGAAAGUGCUGAGAUUAGUAUCUGGGCUGAAAUCCUGGGAUUUGCUCAUGAAGAACGGAGGGAAUAUUUUAACAGGUUUUUUAAAGAUCAGACAGUGGCAGCAGCUGUUUUCAAACACGUGGAAGAGAACCAGAUCCUAUACACUAUGAGCUUUAACCCUUCUUACUGCUGGAUACUUGGUCAGACCCUGGGCCCUUUCUUCAUAAAAAAAGGCAGAAAUCUGCAGCGAAUUCCCAAAACCAUUACUGAAUUGUAUUCCUACUAUAUUUACAAUAUCCUGAAAAACCACACUUGUAAGCUCGAAGAGCCCCGUGAUAUUUUGCUGAGGAUUGGUGAAAUGGCCUUUGCAGGAGUUUCUGAGAAGAACAUUAUGUUUAGAAAUGGAGAUUUGAUCAAGUACGAUCUGAAACCUUCCCAUUUCUUAUCUGGGUUUGUGAUGGAACUUUUGGAGAAAGAUGAUUCUGUUCAGAAUGUGGUGUACGCAUUCACGCACCUCACCAUCCAAGAAUUUGUAGCCGCACUAGCACGAUUCUUAACUGCAGAUCGUGGGGACAUCUGGAAGCUCCUCAAGGAAGCCCACAAGGAGGAAGAUGGGCGAUAUGAGUUGUUUCUCAGAUUUGUUGUUGGUCUCUCUUCACGGUCAUGUCAGCCCCUGGAAGAGUUUUUGGGGCCAUUUCCUGUUGAAACAUCCCAUGAAGUGAUUGAUUGGAUAAAGCGGGAAGUUGACAAACGGUUUGAAAACACAGGGAGCAGAGCAGCUAAAAGGAGCCUCCUGAACAUGUUCCACUAUCUGUUUGAGUCUCAAAAUCUACCACUGGCUCAGUCCACAGUAGGAUCAGUGAAAAUGCUUAAACUUGGUGGAUUGCAAAUGAAUCCAAUUGACUGUGCUGUCCUGGCUAAUGUUGUUGGCUUGUGUGAAACAAUAAAUGACCUUGAUCUGCAGAAUUGCUCCAUUCAGAGUGAUGGACUCUGGUGGCUGAGACCUGGACUGCACAAAUGCGUGGUGUUAAGACUGUGGAACAAUAAACUGGGAGAUUCAGGAGUGAAACUGCUGUCUGCUGCUCUGAAGGAACGUACAUGUAAAAUACAGGAACUGCAUCUAGGUGCUAACGAUCUCACAGUUUCUUGUACUGAGGAUCUCGCCUCUGCUCUCAGUGAAAAUCGGUCACUGUUGGUACUGGAACUGAAUAAUAACAAACUGGGAGAUUCUGGGAUGAAAAAUCUGUCUGUGGUUUUGAGGAAGCCAGGCUGUAAAAUACGGAAACUGAGUCUGAAAGCUAAUGGUCUCUCAGCUUCUUGUGUCGAGGAUCUUUCCUCAGCUCUCUGUAUAAACCAGUCACUGACAGCUCUGUCUCUGGGAAGUAAUAAGUUGGGUGAUGCAGGAGUAAAACAACUGCCCAAGGAUCUGUGGAAUAUGGAGGAAUUGGAGCUGGAUGAUAACAAUCUCUCGGAUUGCUGCACCAAGGAUCUUGCUUCCACUGUCAGUACGUACCAGUCACUGAGAGCUCUGAACCUGAGCCGUAAUGAGCUGGGAGAUUCAGGAAUGAAAACACUGUCUGCAGCUCUGAGGAAACCUGGCCAAAAUCUGGAGGAACUGCGACUUUGGACUGUUGGGCUCUCAGCCUCUUGUGCCCAUGAUGUUGCCUCUGUGCUCAGUAAAAGCUGCUCACUGACACUUCUGGACAUCGGUGGUAAUGAACUAGGUGAUGUGGGCAUGAAAUUGUUGUGUGAGGGUCUGAGAAACUCUAAAAUACGAAAGCUACAGCUCUGGAAGAAUGAUCUCUCUGAUUCAUGCACUGACGAUCUUUUCGAUGCUCUCUGUGUAGUCCAAUCACUGCAGAUCCUGAACCUUAAAUCUAACAACUUUACAGACCAAUCUGUUUCGACAUUCCGCAAACUCAUACAGCACUGCAGAAAUUUGAAGAGGAUUGACCUCAGUGAGAAUAAGUUCAGUUCAGCGGGGCAGGAUCAGCUGCUGUCACUACGAAGAUGCAGAAGUGGAAUGAACGUGAUUGUGUGAAUGUUUCAAUUUCCACACAUCAAAGUGAUUUUUCAAGUGAGAUUUGUAUCACUCCUUAUGAUAUUCUCUACUACUUGGGAUUCUUGAGGAUGGUGCAGGGAGUCACUUGGACAUCAUUUAUGUCUUUUUUUUCUGAAAAGAUAUCUUUAUUUAAAGCAGAACAUUCCUUCAAGCAAAUGGCAACUAAGCAGGAGUGAAUUGCAUCCAGUGGAACAAAUUGCGCUCAAAAAUAAAUACAUGAACGUUCAAUGAGCCACUGGAAACUGCAGAGCAGACUUAACAGAACCCAUGUGUGGAGUGAAUCUGGGUAAAUGUUCCUGAUCAUGUUACUUGUGUAAUUUUGUAAUAGAACUUUUUAGGUACUGAUGGGUCUGUAUCACAUUUUUGUUUUUCCAUUUUUAAACACUGUUUUGACUCUUCCCAUACCAACCUGGAACUGGCAAUUCAGAAUUUCAUGUUGUUCAUCUUGCUGAGAAAUACAACUAGAUAAGUGGACUCAGUGUUCCACUAUAAUGACCAGACUAGAGCUGACAGCAUGUGCAAAGCAGCUGGACCAAUGUCGGCUUUUAACUGUGUGCACAGUUUAAAAGAGCCUCUGCUAAGUUGGUAUUGCUUUAAGAAAAUCUAAAGUUGUACAUCAGUCAUGUGUGAUUUGAUAAGAUGAGCCUAUAUACUGAAAUGAAAAUAAUGAACCAGAUGUCUUGUAUAAUUUUGAGAAUAAUAAUAUUGGAAAAUUGGCUCAUGUACAGCAAAUGGCACAGUAACAAUUAUUGUUUAAGCAGGGGAGAUUUGAGUUGCAACAUUUGAGUAGUGGAGAUGGUCUAAUAUCCAACAUGAAAUUCUGAAUUGCCAAUUCCAGGUUGGUAUGGGAA